AUGGCACCUCUAAACCUGAUGGCACCCCCACACCUGAGGACACCGGGCCCACACCUGAUGGCACUCCCACACCUGAGGACACUGGGCCCACACGUGAUGGCACCCCCACACCUGAUGACACCGGGCCCACACCUGAUGGCAUCCCCACACCUGAGGAAACCGGGCCCACACCUGAUGGCACCCCCCACACCUGAGGACACCGGGCCCACACCUGAUGGCACCCCCACACCUGAGGACACCGGGCCCACACCUGAUGGCACCCCCACACCUGAGGACACCGGGCCCACACCUGAUGGCACCCCCACACCUGAGGACACUAGGCCUACACCUGAUGGCACCCCCACACCUGAGGACACUAGGCCUACACCUGAUGGCACCCCCAGACCCAAUCAAACUGAGGAGAUAACCAUUGCUGGUGGUGAUGAUGUUGACUUGCCAGGACGUGAAAUCCAGUCAAGGAGGACGCAGAAGGCUGAGGAAACAGCGGAAGAGUAUGCUGCUGAUCUGAAAAGACUCUACGAUAAAGCACACCAGAAUAGAGAUAAGUACACAAGACAAGAAGAUCUGCUGCGUAAAUUUAUAGAUGGACUUAAUGAUGAUGAGGCAAGGUUUCAUGUAGAAUAUCACAAGGAACCUAGUAACAUUGAUGAGGCAGUGUCACAGGUGGUAAACUACGUUUAUAGUCGUAAGAACAUAGUAAUAGAUAGGCACCAUGAAGGAAGAAGUAACAGACGGGGUACACGCGUAGCACGAGAACUUGAUCGAGACAGUGAAGAUGAAGAUCAGAACAGAGUCAGAACUACCUCAGGAGGUCCAAAAGAAGGAAACGGCGAAGUGAGCAAAAGGAAACAGACUGCCUUGUUGGAUGACCAAAAUGUGACCGCGAAUACUGAACUUGAUGCCCUGAAAACUCAAAUUAAGGAAAUGGAAAUGAAACUGAAGGAAGUGGUAGAGACAAACAAGAGUCGAGACAACGUUAGGAAAGAUAGCAAAUCAGAUGUAACUUGCUUCAACUGCAGACAAAAGGGACACUUUUCGAGAGAUUGCCCUAAGAGACGACCAGGAUACGGCAGAUACGAUGGUCGUGGAGGCCAAGGGAGAGGUAUUGAUAGGGGAGACAAGGGUAAUGCACGAGAUUUUUAUAACACCGGUUCGUCUAACAGUCCUUUAAACUAG